AUGAUGGUGGACGAUGGUGAUGGUGCUGGUCAGCAGGGUAAUGACGAGGAAGAUACUUUGCCUAUUAAUCCGGACUACUCCGUACUCAGCGCCCAUCAUAUGGUCAGACCGCCAGGCGCGAUAAUCAGACAAUACGAAGCACCAGAGCCCGGUGGAGAAAGUCCGAAAGAAGCAACCAAGCAGAUGGGAUCAAGAGUCCAUAAUCAAGGCGCUGAGAGGCUGGAAGCUACCUCGGCAGAAGCUCCUUCGGGCGAACUCCGGGCACCAAGUGGGAUGCAAACCGCGCAGUGGCAGGCUAGUUACUGCAGUUGUGCUCUUGUUCCUGCAUUAAGUGGAGAGACUAUGCAAGAGAAGUGGAGCGUAGCAGCUACGACGGUCGAUCUAAAUAGGAAAAAAAAAGGGGUAGCUCUGAAGCUCAACUGGAGCUUUCGCAGGCUGGAAACGAGUGCCCCUCCACGUAGAUUUGCUGCCUCGAGAGGAAACUUUGGGAAGAGCAGUUUGAGAAGAGGCAAGGAGUGA